AUGGACAAAUCGGGCCGGGCCCGACGGAUUAAGAGCGGCGGCAGUGACAUUGACGAGCCGGAUGAGUUCGAAAUCGGGAUGAAUUACGACGCCGUUUUCGUCGUUAAGCUGCCGGAUUCACGAUCCCUGCGUGUGGUGUCGAGAUCGCUGUUCCUCGCGGUGGUUCUGCUCUCGCUGCCCUCGAUCGGCUCGAUCAUCCAAGCGGCUUCAAAUGAAGGAGUUAUUUCUGACUGGAUCGAGAAUCUGCCGCUUCUCCUCCGCGACUUGGAGGAUGAAGGCCUCCUCGCGGAGGGGCACAGAGGCUUCGUCGUCGCCGCCGGCGAAGUCGAUUUCGCCUUCCUGAGAAACGCCGGCGUCGAUUUUAGUAUGAAGGCGGAUGCACACCAGGUGUUUGAUUAUAUCUACGCGCCGAAUUUCAGCGGGAUCGAGCUGGUGGAAGAUGCCAUCCGCGGCGGGGGUUUGGCGAUCGCGCCUCUCGGCGGCGACAUCUCGGCGGAGAUCCGGCUUCUGCAUGAUUUCAAAAUCGUUUACCUCCGGCGAAUUAACGGCAACACGGUGGUUGCAAUGAGGAAAAAUUCCGCCGCGAUUAGGUAUUCCGGCGGCCGGAGGGGAGUGAUUUGCGGCGGCAUUGGUGGUGGUGGGAAGAAGGAAGCCGCAUUGAAGGGAUUGGAGGGAGUGUACCUCGAGCCUCCGCGGGUGGAGAAGGAAUCAAGGUUCAAUUACUUGCCGGAUUUGAUGGAGGAUCCGUUGGAUGGGUAUCGGAGGCGGGUGUUCGUUGCGGAUGAGGACGGCGCGGUGGAUUGGUUCUACAAGAAUUAUCCGAUGCGGGGGCAGGAGUUCGAAGUGUAUGGCGUGGAGGGGGAAUGGGAUUGGGGGGCGGAGGAUUUCGUGGUGGUGAAGGUGGAGGCGAGGGCCGCGGAGAGGAUGCUGAGGGAGAAGACGAUUUGUGUGGUGGAUGAGUUGUUCUUGGAUUGUAGAGAGGAGGAAGGGAGGGCUUAUUGGAAUUGUGUGGAGUUGUAUGGGAAGAUUAGGAGUGAGGGGAUUGCUGUUCAUCAAUGGUGGUUUUGA